AUGAACUCGGUUCCGACAUUCAGGUUCUCACAGCUGUCCUUCAGCGUUGCCCGGACAAGCAUACGGCAUGGCCACACGCGAUCGCGCCGCCGGACACCGCAGCCCGAGCUUGCCAACUUCGAGCCGGGGCACGGCGAACAGAUCUGGGUUUACAGCCACCUGACCUCGAACCAGGUCAUCUACUCGCACUCAAAGCAACUUGAUUCCAACCGCGCACUCCGCCAACUCCCUUUCAACGGCAAAAAGACAAAACCUGCGAAGCUCCGCCGCGACUACUGGCAACCGAUGGCCAUGAUCCAAUUGCCCCCCGGCGCCGGCGCGGCAGGCCAGUCCGUCUUCCAGAAGCUCCGCGAGUUCCGUCGCCUGCACGAACUCUGUUGGGACGAGUCCCUUCGCUUCGCCAAGAACACGGACGCCAUCACGGGGGUCACCAAGACGCGCGUACGCAACCGCCACGAGCGCGGCGUCGCCCUCAACGACCAGCGCGCCAACUCCAUCGCCGACAUGGCCGCCGUCCUCGCCGGCGUCGGCAGGGGAAGCCGGUUGCUCGUGAGCCCACAGGAGAAGAAAGCCGUCCUCGAGGAGGGCCAGAGGUUGAUGGGCCGGAAAUGGUCCCAGGAGCCGCCGCCGCCGACGGCGACGAUCGCGGGCAAGGAGGGCGCGGCCGAGGAUGCGACCAAGGUCGUCGAGGGCUCCGACGAGUUGCUGCCCGCGACGAUAUACUGGGCCAACGAAGCCGACCGCAACUUUGCAGCAAAGUGGUCCGAUAACGUUACGCACGACGUGUUUGAGGAUGCCAGGGCGCUGCUGGCAGAGAACCAGUUCACAGAGGUCGUUGAGGAGGAGGCCGAGAGUAAGUAG